CUCUCUGAUUAUGUUUUUCUCAAUUUGUGGAAACAAAAGAUUUGUUAUGGUUUUUGUUGUUGGGCUAGAUUCAGUAUUUGAGUAGGGUAGUAUUGAGGAGUGGGAAGAAACUGUUUAUAUAUGUUUUUUUUUUUUUGGUUAAAAUAUGGUUAUUAAUGUGUAUAUAAGUGAUGUUUAUGCUUUUUAAUAAUGUAUAUAUAUUUGAAUCACUUUUCGCUUUUUUGGUGUUUAGUUCAUAUUUUGAAUUAUUAUAGGAAAUCUCGACUCCGCCAUGUUUGAUUUUUUUGGUGUGUUUAGUCCAUACAUUUAGAAUUAUUAUUGGAAAUAGAAUCCGUCUGAUAUUUGACAAUUUCGUUAGCCAAAUCUUUAAGAAAAAAAAUUAUGUUUCUCUUUCUGUUGUUUUCAUUUUCUGGUUGAUAUUUCUGUUGGAAAUAAUGUUGUAAACAAUUGUAGCUAAGUAUAUAUCCAUCAAUAAACAGGAAGACACCAGAUUUAAACUUAAUUAGUUCAACCCGAAGGUUCUUAGCUUGUUGUAGUUUUAAAAUUAUGGGUUACGAAGUUAAUGUAUGACAAAUUUAGUAGCUUUUGCUUAUAAAAAAAGAAGAAGGUAAAGGUAGUAUGGUGCACAAAGCAUCCCGUUCACACGGGUUUGCAAAGUCUUGUUCCCUAGGGAUGUGAAAAUGCAAGCAUCCAUGGCUCGAACCCAUGAGCAAUAGGCAAUACAUUCCAUUCGCUAAAUUGCCUCUGCGUAUAUACUAGUGUAGUGUUCUCUGUUAGUCAAUAUAUUAUGUAAAUUUAAAAUUAAACUCUCAUUUGGUUUAUAACUGCACUUUUUUCUUCUUUUGUGUUUAAUUUGUUACGUAUAAUACAGUAGCUUGCUGCAAUGGACCCUUCUGAGGCAAAGAAACGUGUGUAUGAAAAAGUCAUGAAAUUUGAACCUGAAAAGGUUGCGAGGGAGAUUAUAGGCUAUAUUUUCUUGCAAGACUAUCCAGAGCAGGAAAUGAUUCGAUUAGCGUUAGGCCCUGAUACGUUAAUUCGCAAUGUGAUCCAGGAAGCAAAAGAUUCAUUUGACGUAAACUCAACUCCAAUGUUCCGCAGCCCUUCUAUGACUGCAGUCAAUAUAGUAGAUCCAGCACUACGGUUUGCAAACUUUUCAUCCACUUACCCUGUAUCCGCUCCUCGCUGCAAACCUCAACUCUCUGAUGAACAUUCUUAUUUAGCUGAAAUUCUCUACUCCAGGAAUGAGCCGCCGCAACAGGUCCACCCUCUUGAAGAAACAAUGUACUUUGAGAAUUUGAAUUACCCAAGUGAUUACUGCUAUCCAGAAGCUCCCCUUAUCAGGCGCUACAGAAAUACUCCAAGUUCGUUUAAAUUUCCGAAGCCUUGCCACUAUUUCAACAAAGGGUUCUGUAGAAAUGGUGACAGCUGUAGGUACUUUCAUGGUCCAUUUCCCGAGAGCUACCCACUUACGAUUGAUCCUAAUCUUUGUGAAAAUGGUGAUGAAGAUGAAGUACUUUCACCUGGUUCCCUCGAGAAAUUAGAGCUAGAGCUAACGGAGCUCUUGAAAGAUAAGAGAGGGAAUCCUGUUUCAAUUGCAUCCCUGCCCAUGAUGUAUUCUGCCAAGUACGGGAAAGUACUCCAAGCGGAAGGGUAUCUAACCGAGAGCCAAAGAAAUGGUAAAGCUGGCUAUAAUUUGACAAAGCUUCUAGCUCGAUUGAAGUUUGUUCGUCUGAUUGAAAGGCCUCAUGGACAACAUUCUGUAGUUCUGGCUGAAGAUGCAGUGAAGUACAUGGACACUCAUGGUGUAAGAAGUGAUCCAGGUCCUAUCGUUAGUGAUUCACGUCAAAUAUAUUUGACAUUCCCUGCUGAGAGCACUUUUACGGAGGAAGAUGUCUCUGCUUACUUCGACACUUUUGGGCCAGUUCAAGAUGUACGAAUGCCAUGUCAGCAGAAACGAAUGUUUGGAUUUGUUACAUUCUUCAGCACAGAUACUGUAAAAAUGGUUUUGUCAACAGGAAAUCCACAUUAUGUGUGUGGUGCUCGCGUUCUUGUCAAACCUUAUAGGGAGAAGUCUAAGCUAUCUGAAAGAAAGCACCAGGAGAGACUGGAGUCGUCAAUAUUUUACCACUUCGAUUCUAGGCUUCAAGAAAAAUUUAAGUCCCCUAGAAUGUUACGGAAACAUUUAAUGGAAGAGCAAUUCCUUGAACAUGAGGCUAGGCGACUUGCACAGCUGCAGUUAUCGCAAAAACGCAUGGCCACUCUGCCCUAUUUUGGCCCUCCCAUGGACAAAUUUAACAUUUCUCAACCAGAACAUUCCAGCCAUCUAUUAGAUGUUCGGAACAGUGGAUCCCCGGAUGAAGAUAAUUCCAAGAAUUCAGAUGAAAGCCAUUAUGCUGACGACGAUAGCAAUCAACGAAUCAACCUGCCAGACAGUCCAUUCGCAUCAAGAGUAGCGAGCAGUAUAGCUGAAUUUUUAUAGGUCUGGAUACUUGUUAUUUUGGUAUGCAAGUCUACUUCAAAGGCAGCAUCUUGAAUUCGAGAGAAUACGUAGUACAUAUAGCAAUAGAGAAUAGCGGAAAAUAGAUCCUCCACACAGCCGGGCUAACGUAACUACACCAAUUAGGAAAAUAUGAUACACAAAGGCUUACAUAUAAGAAUGUUCAAAGGUUUUUUUUCUAUCUGGUGUUUUUAAGAUUAGAAUAGAGGACAGAGGCCAUUGUCCUUAGCAAAAAAUGAAAUAUAUAGUAUAACUUUAGUUGAUA